CAUGCAGUGUGAAAGGAAACCACAAUCAACAGAAGGAGGGGGUGGUCUGAGUGAGAAGUAGUGAAACACAUGCCUUGUCUGUUCAUCACUUCUGCCCCAGGAUGGACAAGGACAGACAGAAGCCAAAGACCUAUGUGUCCACUUUCCGACUGGCCCUCAAGCCUCAAACCAAACCUGUGUGCGUGGAGAAGAAAGGGAAGGAGAAUGGACUGGAUACCACACACAUGAAGAUAAUGGGAAACAACAAACUGGGAUUCUCAUCUGCAACAGAUGCCAGACAGACGCAACUGCAGACCCUGUCAUCACCUCGCUUUAAAGAGCCCCUCCAGGACUGUGCAGUCUGUGAAGGGAGCGAUGCUACAUUUCAAAGUGUUAUCACAGGAAGUCAGCCCCUGAGCAUUUCCUGGCUGCACAAUGGUGAGAAGAUGCAUUCAAGUGCCACUUCCUUCAAGAAUGGUGUUGCCGUUCUGGUUCUGAAACGGUGUUCACGAGGAAAUGCUGGGACGUACACCUGCACAGCGGAGAAUGCUGCUGGGAAGCGGUCAAGUUGCGCUGUGUUACGUGUCACAGGACCAACGAUGAAGGAAAUCCCCAGAACAAGCAACCACGAGCUGCACAGUGAGGUCAAGGUUGUGUCACAUGAAAACACGGUCCCAGCUUCAAAAGGACCUCCUGUGGAGUUUCUUGACCCCCCCGAGCAGGUGGAGGUUCGGUUAGGAGAGCAGGCCCGUCUGCACUGUGGUAGUCGGGGGGCCGAGGGUGUCUGUCAGGAGCAAUAA